UUCGUUCAACCUUCACCCAAUCACUUGGUUAGUACAGAAACAAAGAACACACACAAGACAAGCACCCUCAAACCAACACCUUAGAUCUUACAAUGCUAUCUCAUUCUCAAUCAUGUGUUAUGGUUAUUGCAACAUUACUUUUAUUUGUUCUAGCACAAAGUGUGAAUCCACUUUCAGAAGCUGACAAGAUAAGCACUUUGCCGGGGCAGCCAUCAGUGAAAUUCCAGCAAUAUGCUGGUUACGUUACAGUGGAUGAGAAGCAGAAGAGAGCCUUGUUUUACUACUUUGUUGAAGCUGAAGUUGAGCCAGCUUCAAAGCCACUAGUUCUAUGGUUAAAUGGAGCAAUUAAGAUGCUUUGUGGGUUUUGAAGGGCCUGGCUGUUCUUCUGUUGGAGCUGGAGCUUUUGUUGAGCAUGGACCUUUCAAACCAAGUGAAAAUGGUCUUUUGAAAAAUGAAUAUAGUUGGAACAAAGAGGCAAAUAUGCUGUACUUGGAAUCACCAGCUGGUGUUGGUUUCUCCUACUCUGCCAAUAAAUCUUUCUAUGACUUUGUGAACGAUGAAAUAACAGCAAGGGACAAUCUUGUUUUCCUACAGCGUUGGUUCACUAAAUUCCCAGAGUUCAAAAACAAUGAUUUCUUUAUCACAGGGGAGAGCUAUGCAGGUCAUUAUGUACCCCAGCUUGCCCAACUCAUUGUUCAAACCAAGACCAAGUUCAAUCUCAAGGGGAUAGCAAUAGGGAAUCCUCUUAUGGAAUUUAACACGGAUUUUAAUUCCAGAGCUGAUUUUUAUUGGUCCCAUGGACUGAUAUCAGAUUCAACUUAUGAAAUCUUCACUAAAGUAUGCAACUAUUCCCAAAUUAGGAGACAAUAUCAAAGUGGGACAGUUACCCCCAUUUGUGCAGGAGUAAAUAGGCUAGUGUCAAAGGAAGUUAGCAGAUAUAUUGAUGCAUAUGAUGUUACUCUUGAUGUGUGUCUUUCAUCAGCAGAUCAACAGUCUUAUGUGCUGAAUCAACUGACUCAACUGCAAGAGGGAGGGAACAUAGAUGUUUGUGUGGAAGAUGAAACUAUCACAUAUCUGAAUAGGAAAGAUGUGCAGGAAGCUCUCCAUGCUAAGCUCGUAGGAAUCACCACAUGGUCAACUUGCAGCAGUGUUGUCAAAUAUGACAUGCAAAAUCUAGAGAUUCCAACCAUUUCUAUCCUGGGUGCAAUUGCAAAGUCAGGUAUCAGGGUUCUGGUAUAUAGUGGAGAUCAAGAUUCAGUCAUCCCAUUGCUUGGGACAAGAUCCCUGGUAAAUGGAUUAGCCAAGGACUUAGGACUGAACACAACAGUGUCCUAUAGAGCCUGGUUUGAAGGAAGACAGGUGGCUGGUUGGACACAAGUAUAUGGAGACAUUUUAUCAUUUGCCACCAUAAGAGGAGCAUCUCAUGAAGCUCCAUUUUCCCAACCAGAGAGAUCACUGGAGCUACUAAAAGCAUUUUUGGAAGGAAAGCCACUUCCAGAACCAUUCUUUUAAAUGAGUUAAUAGAUAAUAGUGGUGUUCCUAGCACAAUGAGAAGAAACUUAACUCAUUCAAACCCCUCACAUAAAUGAUUACUCCUAUUGGAUCACCUUUUAAUUGUUAUCAACUUUACUUCUAGCUUUCUGCAUUUUGUUCUAUCUUCACACCGAGUGAAUGUUGACAUUGGCAAUAUUUAGUUGACCAAAACAAGAUGAUCUUCCAAAUGUACCUACAAAUUUAUUAGUUCUGCCUCGAACAUUCACUGUGAUUUGAAUUUUUCAACCUUCUUAAAAAUGGAUGUAUUGUCAGCUAAUUUUAUG